AUGGAUCAAUCGUAUCAAGAACAAUUGGAAGCCUAUAAGGAGGAUGGAGACGUUCCUGUCCUUGGGAAAGAGCAAUACUUAUUACCUGGAGGAGGGAAGACGAAGAGGUUUGAUCUGGAGGCUACGACGAAAAGAUUUGAACAUCUGCUGUCGUUAAGUGGACUAUUCAGACAUUUCAUUGAAGGGAAAGCUAAGAAGGAUGAUAAAUUCAAGAAAGUUCUUGAAAUCUUAGAUGAAGAUGCCAAAAAACGCCAAGAUGGGAAGAGAAGAAAGACUGAAAGGGAAGAAGAUGCUGAAUUAUUGAAAGGAGAAGAAGAGGAAGAAGAAGGUGAAGAUGAGGAAGAAGGUAUAGACUUCCAAUUUAGGGAAUCUCCAGGGUUCAUCAAUGGUACUUUAAGAAACUAUCAGAUCCAAGGUCUUAAUUGGUUAGUCUCUUUGCACAAAAGUAAACUGGCUGGGAUCUUAGCAGAUGAAAUGGGUCUUGGUAAGACUUUACAAACAAUCUCAUUUUUGGGGUAUCUCAGAUAUGUGGAAAAAAUACCUGGUCCAUUCCUUGUCAUUGCUCCCAAAUCGACUUUGAAUAAUUGGCUGAGGGAAAUAAAUAAAUGGACACCCGAGGUAAAUGCGUUCAUCUUACAAGGUGACAAAGAAGAAAGAGCUCAAUUGGUUAAGGACAAGUUGUUGGCCUGCGACUUUGAUAUUGUUGUAGCAUCAUAUGAAAUUAUCAUCAGAGAGAAAUCUGCAUUCAGGAAAAUUGACUGGCAAUACAUUAUUAUUGAUGAAGCCCAUAGAAUUAAAAACGAGGAAUCCUUGUUAUCACAGGUCCUAAGAGAAUUUACCUCCAGUAACAGACUGCUGAUCACUGGUACCCCACUUCAAAAUAAUUUACACGAACUAUGGGCUUUACUAAAUUUUUUACUUCCUGAUAUCUUCUCCGAUUCACAAGAUUUUGAUGAUUGGUUCUCUUCAGAAACAACUGAAGAAGAUCAAGAAAAAGUGGUUAAGCAAUUGCACACAGUUUUGCAACCAUUUUUACUACGUCGUCUAAAGAAUGAUGUGGAAACUUCAUUACUUCCUAAGCAAGAAUUGAAUCUGUAUGUUGGUAUGUCCAAUAUGCAAAAGAAAUGGUAUAAGCAAAUUUUGGAGAAGGAUAUUGAUGCCGUUAACGGUAGUAAUGUCAAUAAAGAAUCCAAGACAAGAUUAUUAAACAUUGUGAUGCAAUUGAGAAAAUGUUGUAAUCAUCCAUACCUAUUUGAUGGUGCUGAACCAGGGCCACCAUACACCACUGAUGAACAUUUGGUUUAUAAUUCUGCAAAAUUGAAAGUGCUUGAUAAACUUUUGAAAAAGAUGAAGGAGGAAGGCUCUCGUGUUCUAAUUUUCAGUCAAAUGUCAAGAGUAUUAGACAUCUUAGAAGAUUAUUGUUUCUUUAGAGGCUAUGAAUAUUGUAGGAUUGAUGGUUCCACUGAUCAUGAAGAUAGAAUUAGAGCUAUCGAUGAAUAUAAUGAGCCUGGCUCUAAAAAAUUUAUUUUCCUGCUAACUACUCGUGCUGGUGGGUUAGGUAUCAAUUUAACUUCUGCUAAUAUUGUUGUGCUGUUUGAUUCUGAUUGGAACCCUCAAGCUGAUUUACAGGCCAUGGAUAGAGCUCAUCGUAUUGGUCAAAAGAGGCAAGUGAAGGUAUUUAGAUUAGUUACAGAUAAUUCUGUUGAGGAAAAGAUAUUGGAAAGAGCAACGCAAAAAUUAAGGCUUGAUCAGUUAGUUAUUCAACAAAACAGGUCCACUUUAAAGAAGAAGAAAGAAAACAAGAAGGACAAUAAGGAAGCUUUACUGUCUAUGAUUCAACAUGGUGCAGCUGAUGUUUUCCAAAGUAUAGAUUCUUCAGCUGAAAACAGCAAUAGGAACACUCCUCAGCCCGGGGAUGCAACUGACGAUAUUGAUUUAGAUUCCAUUUUGGCACUUUCUGAGGAUAAAACUAAAUCUUUGAAUGCAAAAUACGAGUCCUUAGGUCUAGACGAUCUACAAAGAUUCAACCAGGACUCUGCGUACGAAUGGAAUGGACAAGAUUUUAAGAAGAAAGUACAAAAGGAUAUAAUCAGUCCCAUCUGGAUCAAUCAACCAACUAAAAGAGAACGGAAAGAAAAUUACUCUGUUGACGGGUAUUAUAAAGACGUUCUUCAAACAGGUGGCAGAUCUUCAACACCAGCUCAUGGCAGAAUGCCCAAGUUACAUUAUUUCAGUUCUCAUCAAUUGCAGCCAAUUCAACUGAAGGUCCUAUAUGAAAAGGAACGAAUGUGGAAUGCUAAGAAAGCUGGGUAUGAACCUACAAUGGAUGAUACUAGAACGGUUUAUGGGAGUAUUGAUAACGAUACUGAUGAAGAAAAGGAGCAGAAAUUAACUUUGCUUAAGCUUUCUGUUCAAAAUGCGCAACCAUUAACUGAGGAUGAAGAGAAUUUGAAGUCUCAAUGGGAGAAAGAAGGUUUCACUAAUUGGAAUAAGAUAGAAUUCAGAAAAUUCAUCAACGCGUGCGGGAAAUAUGGUAGAAAUUCCAUUCAGGCAAUUGCACUUGAUUUGGCUCCCAAGACUGUGGAAGAAGUUCGUGAAUAUGCAAAGGCAUUCUGGGCUAAUAUUGAGAAAAUUGAGGACUAUGAAAAGUAUUUAAAGAUUAUUGAAACGGAAGAAGAAAAAAUCAGGAAAAUCAAACUUCAACAAGAAGCAUUACGCCGUAAAUUAUCUCAAUACACAAAUCCACUUUUCGAAUUAGAAUUAAAACAUCCACCUGCCGGUAGUAACAAGAGGACCUUCUCACAAGAAGAGGAUGUCUUUAUAUUAUUGAUGUUAUUUAAAUACGGCCUUGAUAGAGAUGAUGUUUACGAUCUAAUUCGUGAGGAAAUAAGGGAAUCACCACUAUUCGAGAUUGAUUUCUAUUUCAAGAGUAGAACUAGUACGGAACUUGCGAGAAGAGGAACCACCCUUUUACAAUGUCUAGAGAAGGAAUUCAAUGAUGGACCUGUUGUUGAUGACAAACUGAAAGAGAGAUUAGAAAAAGAGGAUGAAACAGGGAAACGAAUCAGAGAGGAUUUUGAGAAGGAACAGCAACAAGCUGAGGAAGAAUCUCAACAGGACGAGAAAGAGAAUAUAGAACCAGUCGAGAAGCAGGAAGAACUUGAUGAAAAUCCAAACAAAAAGGCUAAGAUAGAGUAG